CGCCCACACCACCAAUAAAGCCCACCAAGCCUCAAACGCCCACGUUGGAGCAGCAGCAGCACCAGCACCGAGCCGGAGCCCACCAGCCGUCCGAUAAACAGAUCCGAUGGCUCUCGCUCUCUCCGGCUCCGCUGCUGCCCGCGCGCUCGCCCAGCGGCUGGCCCCGGCCACCAGGGGCUACGCGGCGGCGGCCUCCUCCGGGGCGAUGAGGCGCGGCGCCGCGGCGGCCGCGGACGGGAAGGCGGCCAGGGAGGCCGAGAAGGCCGCGGCCGACGCCUCGUGGGUGCCCGACCCCGUCACCGGCCACUACCGCCCCGCCAACCGCGCCGUCGGCGCCGACCCCGCCGACCUCCGCGCCGCGCACCUCGGGCAGACCUACGCACGGGCUUGAAGGCCACGCUCGACGACCCUCCUGGCCCCGCCAUGGAAGGAAAACUGCUAUGCUACGUAAAAGGGGAAGCCAGGCGGGGCUCGUUCGCCGAGCGCAGCGCCGCGGGCGGCUGGUGUCGCUGGCGCGGCUUAACGACGCAUCAAUCAUCAUCGUCGAUCCUAUACUACGGAGGAGAUGCGGCCUGGAUGUUUGGCUGUUUCCCAUUGUGUGUGUGUGCGCGUGCGUGCGUGCGUCCGGGCUUGGAUGCCCUGCUAUAGUGUUCAUGUGCUCAGAUCAGAUGUAUUUCUCGUCGAGCAGGGCUUGUACCUUUUACUUUUACAGCUAAGUAUUAAUAACGAAAGAAUCUAGCGUUUUCUUUUCCUAAA